GGAGAGAGAGGGGGAGUAGAGAGAGGGGGGAGUAGAGACUCUGCUGGGAACUACAUGGUGCUCAAUUUUUCAAGAUGUCGUCGCUGGAACAGAGGCUGUCGCGAAUCGAGGAGAAGCUAAAGCUGGAGAAUGAAGAAGCUCGCCGGAGGAUCGACCUGAACAUCGACAUGAGUCCGCACCGGUCACGUCCCAGGCCCAUCAUCGUGAUCCAGCUCAGUCCUGCUCCAGCCCCUUCCCAGCGUGCAGCGCUCCAGCUGCCACUGGCCAACGACGGAGGCAGAAGUUCAUCGUCUUCAGAGAGCUCGCCUCAGCACCACCCCUACCCCAGCCGCCCGCGACACAUGCUCACCCUGCCCACCCCUCCGUAUGGCCUACAGAAGAGUUUAGAGAAUGCAGAGAUUGAUCAGAAACUGCAGGAGAUCAUGAAACAGACUGGUUAUCUGAAGAUUGAUGGUCAGCGGUAUCCAGCCGAGGUGACAGACCUGAUCAGUGAGGGGGAGAUCGGCAGUGGGACCUGCGGACAGGUUUUCAAAGUACGAUUUAAGAAGACGGGCCAUGUCAUCGCCGUCAAACAAAUGCGUCGUACAGGAAACAAGGAUGAGAACAAGAGGAUCCUGAUGGACCUGGACGUGGUGCUGAAAAGUCACGACUGCCCUUAUAUCAUCCAGUGCUACGGCGCCAUAGUUACCAACACGGAUGUAUUCAUUGCCAUGGAACUAAUGGGAACAUGUGCGGAGAAGCUGAAGAAGAGAAUCCAGGGCCCCAUCCCAGAGCGAAUUCUAGGAAAGAUGACAGUGGCAAUAGUGAAAGCGUUACAGUACCUAAAAGAGAAGCAUGGUGUCAUUCACCGGGACGUCAAACCCUCCAACAUCCUCCUGGACGCUAAAGGUCAGAUCAAACUUUGUGAUUUCGGCAUCAGUGGACGCCUCGUCGACUCCAAGGCCAAGACCCGCAGUGCUGGCUGUGCCGCCUACAUGGCUCCAGAGAGAAUAGACCCUCCAGAUCCAACCAAACCUGACUAUGACAUCCGAGCAGAUGUGUGGAGUCUUGGCAUCUCUCUGGUGGAGCUGGCCACAGGACAGUUUCCCUACAAGAACUGCAAGACAGACUUUGAGGUUCUGACCAAAGUGCUGCAGGAAGAUCCUCCUCUGCUGCCUCUCGGCAUGGGCUUCUCCCUCGACUUCCAGUCCUUCGUCAAAGACUGCCUCACAAAGGAUCACAGAAAAAGGCCAAAAUAUCACCAGCUGCUGGAGCUAAGUUUCAUCCAGCGUUACGAGGUGCUGGAGGUGGACGUGGCCGGUUGGUUUCAGACGGUGAUGGAUCGCACCGAGUCGCCUCGCAGCAGCCAGUGUUACAGCCAUCAACACCAGCUCCACUCGCUCUUCAGUAGGUAGCCUAGCCCAGCCCGACGUUAGCUUAGCCAUACGCUAGUCUAGCCUAGCUUUAGCUUUGCCAAGCCCAGACUCAAGUCUGUCCUAGUCUAGUCCAGCGUCAUCAGCUAAGCUUAGCGUUAGACCCAGCCCACCAGUCCAUCUGUCCAUCGCAGAGCAUGGAGAAGAGGAGGAAGCAACGGAGGACUCUGGAUGGACAGAUGGACGAAGAGAUAGACUGAUGGAUGGAUAGACGACACAGGUGGUUCUCUUUGUAAUGACAUCAUAUCCGGACAGGCAGACACGGGGAGGAGGGAGCAGAAAAGGGACCGACACUGUAGUUAGCUUCUUUUACGUACCCACUGUUACAUCUCGUUACACUAUGUCUCACGCACACACACUUCAAUGCAAACUUGUGUGUGUCUUUUAUGUGUUUAUACAUUUCCUACACUUGUCAUUAUUUUGUCACCUACACGUCUGUCUCCAGCAUUGAUCCGAGCUAUUGGAUUAGUAAACAGCGUAGUCUCUACACACUGGAACAAAGCAUCUGCUACAUUAGCACUCACAGGUCACUCUUGUACAUAAACGUUAAGGAGGACACCGCAGUGCAAUUAUAGCUCUUCAGGUGUUUCUACUAUCACACACUCUCAGGCUGUAUCUGUGUGUGUUUGUGUCUGUGAGUGAGUAUUUUCAUGUAUGUGCGUGUGUGAGAGAUAUCCUGACACAGUCACCGGUUGUUUUCAUAAGAUUAUAUUUGCUAGUCAUUUAUUCAUCUUUACACUACAGCUCUAACACAAACAAAAACAAAUUCACCUGUUGGCUCAUUUUUAACACUUAACAAUAGUAAUUCUUAUUAACUGUGCUAUGAAACAUGUUUAGAAUCAUCGUCAUUGUAUUUAGCUGCAUAAUUGGAAAAACACAACGAAAAAGAAUCACAAAAAAAUUAGUGUUGGAUUCCAGUUUUUGUGUUUCUUUGUGAGAUAGAAGAAGUCAAAGAUAUAUGGAGGGAUAGUAAAAAGAGAGAAGAGGAGGUGGAGAAGAGUAGCGUCCAACUCUUUUAAAGCGCUGGAGAUAAAUUUGAGGACGGGAGAUGAUUGCUUGUUGAUGACCAUUUGAAGGACUGAAUUAUUGUUACUGGUGCAAGAAACGAGAUAGAGGUUGGAGGUAAAAAAAACAAGGUAUGGAGAAGUGCUUUUUCAUUGAGAGGACUGAGGACAAGAGCUUAUCUCGUACAAAGGAUCUAAAUGGAGCAGAUCUUAUAACCUGUGGAGUAUUUCUUGACUUCACUCUCUGUUUGUCUACCUCUUCCUCUUUGUCCACCUCUCUGUCUGCCUCUGCUGUUUAGAGUAUUGUACUGCUCCACAGUGUUUUCAGACCAAAGGCUGCGCGUAGUUUGCUGCUGGUGGAGGCCGAGAGAUUUAGACCUGACAUUAUGCAACCUCACAGACAAGUCUUGUGAAAGAAUAUUUGAGUGUUUUUUGAAGAGCAGGGGAUUCAGUCAACUGGCCCAGGUUUAGAAUUAAUUGAUAAACAGCACCAAUUUAUCGUUGGUUUUUUUUUUGUUUUAUACCUUUCCUGAGGUUUUUGUGUGCGUCAGUCUCUUACUGUAGGCCUAUGGGUUUUUCCCCUCUCUUUUUCUUAGUGUUGGAAAAUAGUUAAAAUGUCAAGCUCUGCAGAUUCUCAGGGUCAUAAUUGUUUCUUUGUUGUUUCUCCCCCUGGAUAAAUGAUCAGAGAUCCAAUCAGUUAUUUAGCGUAAACCUCUCCACUAACAAACAAGACAACCAACAAACAAAUGGACUGGGGUAAAACAAAACCUUCUUGGUUUUCUGUUCUACUUGAAAACAUUCUGAAGCAGCAUUGUUCCUCAAACCAUGUCGAGCAGUAUCACAGAUAUGAGCGAGAACAGAGGGAAAUACGAGCCCCUAACCCCUAACCCUAACCCUCUGACCAGUGGCCCCCAGAUAAUUGGCCUCUGAGACCCCUGACCUAGACUAUUAUUAAGAUGAAAGUGACUGUGUGUCUCUCCUGAAUUGGUUAACGUACCUUCAGAGGACUGGUUUACAGAGACUGACUGACUAAAGUCCUACUGCCUCCCCUGGUACAGGGCUAUAGCCAAAGCCUGACUCAAAGCUCCUGUACCCCAUCAUGCACCAAACCAAAUCACUGCUACACACAGAGACCUGAGGAGAGGCGUUGAUUGAGACAGGAAACUGUAAAGUGACAGAGAGAGGAUGAGAGAUGCAGGAAUGUUGUCAAGAUGGCAGAAGAGAUGAGUUGAUAUGUGAAGGACAGGAAAAAAAGCGGAGAAGUCAGAGUGAGGUGAGAAGGAAGAUGGGGAGUAUUAAGAAAGUGGAAUAGGAUGUUGAUGAAACGUCUGAGACAGACUGGAGUUGGAGGACAGGAAGUAAGAGUUUGAAAAAGGAGACAGGACACAGGGAAGGAAAACAUCCGGCUGAGUUUCACAGGGCUGCUGAGCUCUGAGGCCAGCUGUUUUUUGUAAAAAGCUUUCAUUGUUACACCAACCUACCAAUUUUGAUUCUAGCGAGUAGGUUACCUUCUUGUGUUUAUGAUGUUCUGUUGAAACUAUUUUAUUUAUUACAUUGCUACUGCUGCUAUGUUUUAUUGCUUUAGACGCUGCUGUCACCUUUUUUCCCCAAAGCAUAAAUACUUCAUUAAUUUUUCUUUCAAGCCAAAUAAAUGAAAUAAUGCAAAGUCUACAUGUGUUACCAAAUACUGAAGAGCAAGUGUGAAGAGGGCAAAAGCAAGUGAGAGGUUGCGAGGUGGAUUAGAAGAGAAAAUGCAGGGAGGUUAGCGUCACAAGACAAACUAACACACACGUUAUAAACACACACCUCACCUCAAAUGUAGCUUUGUGUGUCAUGGUAGUAGUCGAUUGUCUGUAUCCCAUCGUCACGAUACAUUUCUGUACAGUGUAGAUAUGAUUAGAGGGGAUGUCUGUCUGUCCGGAUGCUCUGUCACGUCCAUCCAUCCCUCUGUCUGUCCACAGGUCGCCUGCAAGCUUGACAACCUUGACAGUUCACACCAAAGGUGUCCACAACUCAACAAAAAUACGAAAGCGUUGUUGUUAUUGUUAUGACUAUUGUUAUUGACAUUAUAAUUGAUUACUCUCAGCUAUGAUUAUAUAUAUGAAAUCUCUCUAUAGCUAGUGGGAGAGGGGGGGUGGGGGUGCUGUAGUAUAGCAGUACUGUGUGUGUGUGUGUGUGUGUGCGUGCGUGUCAUAUACUGUACAGGGGGAGACUGGAGUGCUAACACACUACGAGGGCCAAGCAAUAAAAACAGCCGACUCAUCUCUCUGCUCAGUGAGUGAUUAACCAAUGACCUGUGUCAGGAAGUAAGUUAAACUAACACCCGGGCCACACUGGAUGAGGGAGCGACACAUGCACGUCACUUAACAAGGUUUUCAUUGUUAUUGCAGGAGUGAAGGAUGCACAGCUUGAUACUGUAGUGUCCUGGCAUGUAGUUGUGUAUAAAGCCAUACUUUUAGGAAAUACUGCAGUCAUACCAGAAACUUCAUGUAGCAGCUAAUACAGCGAACACGGUCCCUGUAUGAACAACAGAUGCACGUGAAACGCAGCAGAUCGGCGUCACAGUCGUCACGCGCUGCACAUGCACACAGUGCCGCCCGGAUGUCAGUCUAACUCUCUUUUAGGUUUCACAAACCCACCUUAUCAAGAAAGAGGCAGAAUGCUCAGUUAAAAGCCAAUCAAAUGUUAUAGAAUAAAGUAAAAACUACUAUACGAUAUCAUCACACAGCUGGAAUAAAGUAGGAUCAGGCUCAAAAUAAUUCUAUAUAAUGUGUCUUUUUAGAGAGCAGCUCUGGCAAUUGAAUAUUUUUUGUCCAUAACGACUUUAAUAAUGGCCUCAUUUGAAGCAUUAGAGGCAGAGACACCUUGACUGUAACUCACUAACUUAUGUCUCCCAGAUAUGUCUCUGAUGAUUGGACAAUCUGUUAACAUGUUAAAGUUAACCUGAUAGCUCUCUCUGUUACCAUGGAGAUUUACCCCUAUAAAUCUGACCACAAAUAGCUCGACUCAGCUUCGUGAUACAGGCCCCUGAGCAGAUGAGACAGAGUUGGCACAACUCCGUUAGCUCAGCCUUUGUCUGGUUUUAAUCUUGAGGCCAAGCUGUGACCCUGGACCUGAUCUAAAGCCACGGUUUACCUUCAGCAGUGAACGGGGCUGCUCUGCUCUCUUAAACUCUCCAUCUAACAGGAGAGGACAGUGGCUCACUGCUCAGCCUCCUCUGAUUCAAACUGUUGUAUAUAAAUCUGGAUCUGGUGCUUAGCAUCCAUCAGCUGUGCUGCGCUGGCAGCACGGCCUGAGGUUGUAUCAUUGGUGCAGUUUUAACUAUAAUCAUGCUAAGAGACAGUGCAACCCACUCUCACUGUAACGUUCACUGUUCAGUCUCUCUCUGUGUGUCUCAGCUAACGUGUCCUGACACAAAGCUGGACCCAGUCUCCCACUGUUGAGGUUCUCUGUUAUUAAGCUGAUGUUGUAUUUUACUAACACACGCACAUGCUCGCUCACCCCUGCUGUUAGCGUGCAUUUCCAUCCAAACACCUGACCGGGCGAUGGUGCCACGCUACACCUCUUUAAAACCAAUCAACCCAGAUGUGCUUAUGACACGUCUAUGUGACUUGUGUAAGGAAACAAAUUGAUUACCAGCCCACACACACACACCAUUCUACACAGCAAUGCUAGCUACUGCCAACACUGGCUUUAUGUGUAUAUUAGCUUGCUGUGUACAAGGCCAGCGCUGUAUAAAAACAGCUAGUUCAUAGCGUGUACCUGCGCUGUGCCUUGGCACAGAACGAGAACAUGUGUGUGUGUGUGUGAGAGAGUGUGCGUGUGUUGUCGCCACAUCUGUAAGUAAACCAAAUAUCAUUUUCACUAUGCAGUCAUUCAAACCAUGUCAGCUUGCCUGGAUGGGGGAAAAGGCCUCCUGUACAUACAGAUAAACCGCAAUUAGCAACGCUGUGUUUUAGGUUUUUUUUGGUUGCCCCCUCCGCCCACAGCUAGCUCACAGAGAAAUGCCAGAGCGAGAGAUGUUUUGAAUGAACUGACAAAUAUUUAAGGAUUGUACUGGGGUUGGGAGGGAUGUGGGUUAGACUGGGGUUUGUAGAUUUUGGGGAGAUACAGAUCAAUGCUGUAAAGUAUAUCGAUUGCAUGUUAUUGUCACGCUGUAACUGCUAUUGUUUUGGGGUUUUUGUCGGUUGGGGCGGGAUGCACAAAACUUUAUCCUUAUUUAUGAUUUUUACACAUAUAGUCUGUAUUUUUUUUGUUUUUGCAAAAAUUUCGACUUCAUUGUGUUCUUUGCCUUUUCUUUCCAUCAAUUUUUGCAAUAUAUGUUUUCACUUUGGACCCGUAACUAGAUGACGAAGAGCAGGGGGAGGAGAAGGAGCUGUAUCUUUAUCGGCAGACAGUGUUUGUUUGAAAAUGUCCUUUUUCCCCUCAUUCAUGUGCCGUGUGUCUUUCUUUUCAUUUAGCAGUGUGAGCGAGCAGUGAGCGUGUGUGUGAUGUUUAUUUGUUUACCAAAAGUCUUUAUUGAUGGUGAUUAUUAUUAUUAUUAGCUUUUACUUUUGUUUGUUGUUUUCUAGAUUUGGAUUAUUAUGAUUACUAUUAUUACUGUUUUUAUUAUUAUAAUUGUUUUGUUAUUAUUAUUAUUAUUCAGGGCAAAGAUGACACCAAAUUGAACAAAGAAAUGAAUGGGUAAUCCCAGAGAGAGAGAGAGCAUCUAAAGGUUUCUUUCACUGGCGGGGUGGCAUCGCCAUUUUCUCACUUUACGCUGUAGAGUUUUUCCACCGAAUUUAAACCGCCACGUAAAGAUAACCUCUGAACUGAAAGUCUAAUAGUAUUUUUUUAUUAUUUUUAUUAUAUAUUGUUUUCCUUUUGAUCAGAUAUCAUGAUCAGUUUAUUUCUUGUUACCCCAGUUAGGGUCAUAAAUCGCGUGCUGUUAUUUUAUGCUUUCCCCCUCCGUUCAUCCCUGCCCACUGCUUUUUGGAUUUUAUUUUGUAUUUUAUUUGAUGAUUAUUAUUUUUUAUUCUUUCUGGUUUGUCUGAUGCUGUAGUAUUGAGCUGAUUGGUCUAAUACCAGAGCUUGUUUUUUUUCCUUAAUGCUGAGACUGUCGUGACUGAUGUUGCACUUGUGAUGGGUUUUAUUUUGUUAUUUUCGUUUUGUUUUGUGUUGCAGAUUUGGGGGAUUGUUGUGCAGAGAGGAGAAUAUCGGGUGUUUUCCUUAUUGACUUAGUCACAGCAGUUAUUUUAUCAAUCAUAUAGAUCUGUGGCACAGAACAAGAAAAUGAUUCAACAGUGUAUUUUUCUCACUGAUAUUUAUUUAUUGGUCAUUUGUAUGUUGUUUUAUGUUUGUUUGGUUUUUUUUUUUAUGUGUAUUGCUUUUUUUAUGUGGGGGCAAAUAAGACUCAAGGUAGAGGAGUGGUCUCUCUGGUUGACAUUUUACCAUUGUGUACAGAAAAGCAAAAUGUUGUAAUCAAAGUCAUCACACUAACACAUUUUCUACAAAGUAACAGGUGAGAAUAGAAACCUGCUUCAUAUUAAGAUGCACCGUUUCCAUUAUCACCCUCUGAGAUGGUCCGACACAAAGCGCUGAUGCUUUCAAACCACAGCACAGCGUAUUUGAACUCUGUAUUGUUUGAAACUUUGAUGGUUUUUAAUCAGUAAUGAAUGAAUGCCGACUACAAAGCAGACUAGAUUUAUUUCUUUUAUUUUUUUAAAGGUUUAAUGUAUUUGAGCUGAUGAUAACUACUACAAUAGUGGACUGAUUGGCUUGUUAUUAACCUGCACGCCCUCUGUUAGCGAUGUGGGACUCACCUGCUCUAACGUAUCAUUGAGGUUUGUUGCUUGGUUUUUUUUAAAAUGCCGUUCUCUGUCUAGAUUGCAUGAAUUCGCUAGUUAAGUUAGCAGGGAGGGGGGGGUCGACUUCAUUCACCGCUGUUGCAGUCCAAAAGGCUUCUCGUGCGUACGUCACCUCAGAUAUAUUGUCUCGACAGUUGUAUCAGUCCACACAGCUUUACAGCCUGAUUCUUUUAUGAAUUUUGUUUGAUUGUUUUGUUUUAUUUUGUUUUUGGCUGUAUUUUAUUCCCCCCCCAGUGUCAUUUCAAACAGAAUAAAUGCCAUUAUAUUGUGAAUACCUCAGGAUUUUUUGGAGAAAAAAAACAAUAAAACACUUAAAAAUAAAAUAAAUAAAAACUCGUA